UCCCAAACAGGUUCAAAACCCCAUAAAUAAGCUUUAACCAUCGCACGAUUUUCUUUCCCGCUAUCCCUUCAGAAAUCCAGAACAAAAAGAGCGAUUUGGAAAAUAAAGAAAAGAUGGCAAAUUACUACAAUAUCGAUGAUAUUCUUGCAGAGGAAGAGUUUGUUCCAGUUGUUUUCCAUAAAGCGGCAAAUGGAGUUAUAAUCGAUCCCAGUUCCGAGACAAACUCCGUCGAACAAGGAGCAAAAGUGGAGCUACCAUUGUGGCUUGCUCAAGAAUUAUACUUAAGGCAAGCCAUAUCCAUAAGCGUCCCCGCCUGUUUCAAUCAAAGAACGCGUUUGGAAAUCCAAGCUGAUGCAGCUUGUGUGGAUCUUAAAUCUCGGUCUCCAUAUUUUUACGAGUUUGGAUGCAAGAUAGCACCACUGGUUGGUGAUAAAACCAUCGAAAUCUUGCUCUUAUCGGCAUUCAAGAUCAGAUAUAAGGAGAUCCUAACCAAGGCAUAUACUGCAGUAUUCACAACAAGUUCCAAGUUCUUGACCCUUCUUACAAAAGAAGAAACAAAUCUGUACGAAGCAGCCCAAGCUUCGAUGGCAGCCUUUAAGAAGUGGCGGAUGGGUGGCCCCAGGCUUCAAAGAGCUUCAGUUUUUGGUAGGAAGAGGAAGCCAUUUGAUUAAGCUGAUAUUCUAGCAGCAAGAUGCAUCCCAUGAAAGUAACCUA